CACCUCCACGUGAGUCUUCCGGGCAGGGAAGCGGCUGGCUGCGUCGGUUGGCCGGGUGGAUCCUCCGCAGCCAUGGCCGGCCGCAACAACAACAAGCUGCCCAGCAGCCUGCCACAGCUACAGAACCUGAUCAAGCGGGACCCGCCCGCUUACCUCGAGGAGUUUCUUCAGCAGUAUCGCCAUUACCAGUCCAAUGUGGAGAUAUUCAAACUGCAGCCAAAUAAACCCAGUAAAGAACUGGCUGAAUUGGUGAUGUUCAUGGCACAGGUUGGCCAUUGCUAUCGUGAUCACCUGGUGGACUUUCCCCAGCAGUUGAAGGAUCUUCUCUCCUACCAUCACACAAAUUUGGAUGCUGAUCUUCGGAUGACGUUUUGCAAAGCUCUGAUUCUCUUGCGAAACAAGAACCUGAUUAACCCCACAAGCCUGCUGGAACUUUUCUUUGAACUCCUUCGCUGUCAUGAUAAGCUUUUACGAAAAACGUUGUACAGUCACAUUGUGACUGACAUCAAGAACAUCAAUGCAAAACACAAGAAUAACAAAAUGAACACAACACUCCAGAGUUUUAUGUACACGAUGCUGCAAGACAGCAACCCAACUGCAGCCAAGAUAUCUCUGGAUGUGAUGAUCGAGCUCUACAGGAGGAACAUCUGGAAUGAUGCGAAAACGGUGAAUGUCAUCACCACAGCCUGCUUUUCCAAAGUUACUAAGAUACUAGUUGCCGCCUUGAAAUUUUUCCUUGGCAAAGAUGAAGACGAAAAGCAAGACAGCGAUUCGGAAUCAGAGGACGACGGCCCCACAGCAAGAGACUUAAUGGUGCGAUACUCCACUGGAAGAAAGACCACCAAAAACAAGAAGAAACUGGAGAAGGCCAUGCGAGUCUUAAAGAAACACAAGAAGAAGAGGAAGCCAGAAGUGUUCAACUUCUCAGCGAUUCACUUAAUCCACGACCCACAAGACUUUGCGGAGAAACUGCUAAAGCAACUGGAGACCUCAAAGGAAAGAUUUGAAGUGAAGAUGAUGCUGAUGGAGCUUAUAUCUAGACUCGUCGGGAUCCAUGAGCUUUUCCUCUUCAACUUUUAUCCUUUUGUGCAAAGAUUCCUGCAACCACAUCAGAGAGAAGUUACCAAGAUCCUGUUGUUUGCCGCACAAGCGUCUCAUCAACUGGUACCUCCUGAGAUUAUCCAGUCUGUGCUGAUGACAAUAGCCAACAACUUUGUCACAGACAAAAAUUCUGGGGAAGUGAUGACUGUUGGGAUUAAUGCUAUUAAAGAAGUGUCGGCUAGGUGCCCCCUUGCCAUGACAGAAGACUUGCUUCAGGACUUGGCACAGUACAGAUCUCAUAAAAACAAAAAUGUAAUGAUGUCAGCAAGAACUCUGAUACAGUUGUUCCGGUCGCUGAAUCCACAGAUGUUGCAGAAAAAAUUCCGGGGUAAACCAACAGAAGCCACAUCAGAAGCUAAAAUUCAUGAAUACGGGGAGUUGAAUGCCAAAGACUAUAUUCCAGGAGCCGAAGUCUUGGAGCUUGAGGCCAAGGCGGAAGAUGGAACACUUGAAGAAGAUGGCUGGGAGAGUGCCAGUUUGAGUGGGGAGGACGAAGACGGGGAAUGGAUCGACGUGCCUCAUUCCUCAGAUGAGGAACAGCAAGAGCUGGCUGAGAAAGUCAAAAGCAUGCCUGCAGAGGAGAGGAAGGCCAAAGCAGCAGCUGUCAGCACAAGCAGGCUUCUCACCCAAGAAGAAUUCCAGAAAAUACGCCUUGCCCAACUGAGAAAAGAACUCAACUCUGCACCUGGCAAAGCUGCAAAAAGGAAAAAUAUCGACAUAGACAGCGAAGAUGAAGCAAGAGGAGAACUGCUUUCCCUUAGGGACAUCGAGCAUCUUCAUAAGAAGCCCAAGUCAGACAAAGAGACAAGAUUGGCCACUGCGAUGGCUGGCAGGACGGACCGAAAAGAAUUUGUGAAAAAGAAAACUAAGCUGAAUCCGUUUGCCAGCUCCACUAACAAACAGAAGAAGAAGCAGAAGAACUUCAUGAUGAUGAGAUACAGCCACAACGUGCGGUCCAAAAACAAGCGUUCCUUCAGGGAGAAGCAGCUGGCUUUGCGGGAUGCACUCCUGAAGCAGAGGAAAAGGCUGGUAAAAUAACUGCUGACGUUACCAGAGAGAAAGAGACCGUUUUUGGGGUCAUUCGUGAUUUGGAUAUCUAGAAGCCACCUUUCAUUCGGGCAAUGCUUACGCUCCCAAGACAGAAGCAUGAAAACUCCACCUGGCUAAUUGAACACUGACUCACCCCACCAUCACCUGUGUAUAAAAAUCCCUGAACGAUUAUUUAAAGAUUUUACAAGCUGGGGAUAUAGCUUGAGGAAGAGACUCACCUUUUCAUUUAAUACAAUCUAUUUGAAAUGCAUUUCCAGUUUGUGGCAGAUUAGGACUAUAAUUACCUUUGCAAAAAAAUGUAAUAUCACCUGUCAAGCUGCUUCCUGAGGAGCAGACCACAGUGGGAUAGACUUCUAAGUAAAUCAAUGUUGGAUCAUUGCAUAUAUUUGUAAAUGUUCUACCUACAUGUGAGAAGGAAAGCAAUACUCUGCUGUUGUUAUAAAAUAUAUUUUAAAUACAUCCUUCUAUCUUACAUGUUUACAGAUUUCGUCCAUAUUGGAAAUUACAGUGGUUGAUUUGGCUGUUUCAUUGGGUAACUU